CUGUUUAGCUGUGGUUCGGUCGUGGGUGGCGCAUCAUCGCGAUUCUGCUGCCAAUUAAACAAGUGCAAAAAUAGUAUUUUCGCCAGUCGAUCCGAGCACAUAAAAUAGUGGCCAGCGCCUGGAGUUGCAAAUUUAAACGCGAACAAAGCGAAACGCUGUUGUUGUUGUGGCUGUGUCUGCAGCUCGACAAUCCCAACGUUGACGCCCACAAAAGCAAACACUUUCUGUGCGCGGUGUUCCCACUCAGAGCUCGGAUCCUUGAAUACCGCCGGAUAACCACUUUCUCCUGCCUUCGGCGCACAGCUAACGAUUAAAAUGGCAGUGAAGUAAACAGUCCGAGGAAACAUCACAAUAUAACGGGAGUCGGAGCAAACAAAGCUUAAGGAUACGGUGACAAUUUCCAGAAACGUAGGUGGCCCAUCUAUUCAGGGUCCAAGCUGAGGCGGUGCUAAACAACCGCUGCGGACUUUCCUUCAAUUUCGCGGUAGGACGGCGAAAGAACUCAGAUCGUUGGACGGAAAUUAAUGACACUUCUUGGGCCUAGCGCCCCUGGCAUGGCCUUUAUGAUGAAGAAGAAGAAGUACAAGUUCAAUGUCGAAGUGCAGCUGCAGGAUUUAGUCGAGGUGGCCCUGGUCAACGAGGUCCUGUUUGCGAAGAUACGGUUGCUCGAUGGAGGAUCCUUUCAGGAGUACAGUAGUCGAGAGGAUGUGCGCAACCAUCGAGUGGAAUGGAACCGCAGCUUUGAGUUUCCCUGCAAGAUGAGUGCGAACGCCUCCACAGGCGUUUUGGAUCCCUGCCACCUGCGUAUUUCGAUACGCAAAGAGAUGAAGGGCGGGCGCAGCUACUACAAGCUGGGCUUCAUCGACCUCAAUCUUGCCGAGUUCGCCGGCGCCGGCCUCACCUCCCGUCGAUUCCUCCUCGAGGGCUACGACUCGAGGCAUCGCCUGGACAACUCCAUGCUGCGGGUGAGCAUCAAGAUGCACAUGGUCAGCGGUGAUAUUCUCUUUAAGGCACCCACGCCCAACCUGAAGAGCAAGCAGAGCAAGCCCUCGAUGGAUGAUCUGUCCAAUGCGGCCACAGGAGUUGGCCUGCAAACUCCGACGGCCACCGCGAUGCCCAGCAUUGGCAGCGGGAGCGGAGGUUCGGCCAUACCCUUGGGCGGCAGUGGGGCCACCUUGGGUGGGGUUCCCAGCAGUCAGUCGUUGCCCGGCACUCGGCCCGUAUCCACCACAAAGGAGGAGGCAAUACUGGCAGACAUCGAUAACCAGGCUUUGAUAGCGGCGAUUGUGACGGACUCCGGGCUGUCGGAGUCCUCGGAAUCGGGAGUAACGCUGACCACGGAUAAUGUUCAGCUACAUGCCGCAGCCUCGGCUGCUAAUGCCAUUACUCCUGUGAGCCAGCCGCUGCCGGGGCUGGGAAUCAUUGGCAGCAAUAACUACGGAACCACAGGAGCUGUCGUCGCUUUUUCUGGAGGCGGCAACGCCACCCUCAUAGAAAUGGGUCAUUCAAGAAAUUCCAGUAAUACUAGUCAAAUGUCAAAAGGUUCGGGUUAUAGUAGUUUUUCGCACAGUCAACAUUCAAGGCAAAGUUCCGAGGGUGAUUCGGGACAUGCUAGUCGUUUUAGAAAAUCCGUUUCUCUACUUAAUAGACUCAAUCAGAGAGCAAUUAAUGCCAUGAAAUUGAACAUACCACACGGUCGACAUCAGCACGGGUCACAAAAGGGUCAAGAGCAGCAGCAACCCCACGGUGGUGUGCCAGUGGUGCCCAAAACCCACCAUGUUCACACGCACCUCAGUCUCAGCACCACAGUGGAGUAUGUGAGCGAGGAGCAGCUCUACCAGACGCCCAACGCCACCAUGAGCACCUCGGGCACCCUCGCUUUCGAAGAGUUCCGCACCCCGAUGACAGAGAUUGGAGCUCCUCUGUUCCACCCGCUGGCGGCCACUCCCAGCUCCACCUACCGCAGUGCAGGAUCUCCGUCCCAUGCCACCCAGUACUACGACAGUGGGGAGGCGAGCGACACGGAUGAGUAUCUGAACGAGGAUUCGGCGGACAAUGACUCGGGCCUGGAGGAGAACUUCCAUACGCCGCGGGUGGCGAAGAUCAAGUCGAUGGAGAAUCUCUCCAUCCUGGAGAUGGAAUUUCACAAGGCAUCCAUGGAGCUGGACCGCAACUCGCCGCGCCGCCUAAAGCAACUGGCAGAACAUGCGCAGAUACCCAAGAUGAAGUCUCUAAACAAUCUGUGUUUCGACGAGUACGCGGAGCAAGCGGUUCGCGAGGAGUUCCAGCGGAUGCACGAGCAGUCGCUGGAGGAGCGGAUGCGCUUUCAGCAGCAACACCACCAGUUGCGCAAGAACUCCACCACAUCGAAUGGGUCGGCGGCGAAGUUGUAUGUUAAGCACCUGAGCAGCCACCAGCAGAACCACCAUCACAUCAAGGUGGGCAACGCCAAGUUCAUUGGCCAGGAGGACAGUCCGCAGUCGGCCCAUUAUCCCAUCCAGAAGAUGCGUUCGAUGGGCACCAUACCGGACAUUGUGAGCGAUCGCAUAGAGCCGGACCCGUUUCUCACGCCAACUACCGAACGCAAGCCGAAUUUCCCGCGCCUCGUCCAGUCGGCGGAGAAGCCGGUGCUGGGCACCAGCUAUGUAAAUCGACUGCUCACCUACGACGUGGUGGACUCGCCGGCCGAGUCGUUCACCAAUUCGGUGUCUUUCAUGUCACGUACGCCCUUCCAGCGACCCUAUCGACGCAAUUUGCAGCAUGGCAACUCCUCGACGCCCCUGGCCACUCAGGAAUCCUUCGUCGUACGGCCACAUUCCACGAAUGCUGCCUACGAGCUAAUGAGAAGCUUUAGUGGAGUCCCACGUCGACUCUUCGACGGCAAUGGGAGCACCAACAGCAGCAACAUGGGUGCAGUCAGCAGCAGCAGCACCAGGCAGCAGCAGCAGGCGGGAGCCACCAAUUGUUACAUUGUCGGAUCCAGUUCAUCGCCCUGCGGAACUCUGGCCAGUAUACACUCGAACCACUCGGCCUCCUCCUCGAAUGGCAGCAACAGCAGCAGCAGCGGAGCGGUGAUUACCUUCCAGUGUAACUCAGGAUGUGGCCAGGACACGGUAGACGCCCCCACUGCUUCCACACCGCAGCAAACGCAGCCACAGCAGCUACAGACAGUGGGAUCGCCAAAUGGCCAUGGCAGCAGUCCCCGGCUGGGCAAUGUCAUGUCCGGAGAUGCCCUCAGCUCGAUGGCCGCCAGUCCGACGGACGCCUGCAGCAUACGCUCCAACCCUUCGGCCGCCUCGCUGCUUCUGUCCACGUCGGCGGCUGCCGCAGAGGCUUCCGCCCUGGCCUCGGCCACCACGGUGUCCAUUACGGGAGCCACUCUCUCGCCGCUGGCCACCACCCAAAUCAUUCGCCGCCCUAGCAUCACCAUGAUGAAUCCCAGUUCCGGUUCGUUAGUUAUAAGUGAAACAGGAUCUCUAGAUCGGACGAAAAGCAGCGGUGAGAAGCGCAAAAAGGGGGCGCUCGAUGACGGCCCACGCGUUUCCGACAGGGUGGAGGAGACGCGGGUCAAUCCGGACUCGUUAAUUGAUGAGAUUUUGAAGGACACCAAGCUGGAUCAGCUGGAGGAGUCCGCAGAAACCUCUGGUCUUCAGCUGUACAUCGCUCGUGACGGAACCGCCUCCCUGGGUGGACACGAGGUCAAGUCAAGCGUCCGAGCGGGUGCCCUAAAGCAGGUGGUCAUGCAGGAUAGGAGAUAGUAGUGUCCGGGACUCACAACUGUUUUUUAAAGUGAAUUAGAAGACUUACUGAUCGAGUAAAAAAACAGAAACAGAAAGAGUAUCGAACUAAUCGAAAUAGUUUAGGUAAUGCAAACACUGUUUACUUGCAAACUAAAGUGAGAAUACAAAUACGCUAUAUAUGAGUAUAUAAAUGUAUGUCAUGUCGAAACUACACUACUAUGAAUGUAAUUAACUAGCUAUACUUAUAUACGAUCAUUAACAAAUAUGCAUGUAUUUGAUAGAUAUGUUAAAGGGUAACAGUCGGACAAUAUUGCCGCCAACUCGUUCUUCAUUAACAUGUCUAUGUGUUUUGGCAAGUGUUGUGGAUCAGGUAAACAACCGCUAAGAAUUAGGAAAACCAAAAAUGAACUUCGUAUAAUGCACUUACACACAUAUGCAUAAAAAGUAAAUCACAAGAAUAAUCUAGAUGAGAAAAGUUUAUAUUCUAAUUUCUAAAAUUAUGAUUUCCAUUUCGCUUCCAUCAAUAUGUCCAGCCUCAGGCGAUAAAAUAUAUAUUCAGAAAAGUAAUCGAAACAAAAUGCAAAUUUUCUACACAACCCGCGUUACAACGGGUUCUGCUACCCAUGGUGUUAUAUGCCAUAACAAGUGCAGAGCUUCAAAAUUGUAAUCCCGCAUUGUAAUAGUCAUCGGGAUAUAGCGCAUCAAUCAAAAAACUAAAUAAGUUAAUAAUCAGCUAUAAUAGUUUUACAUUUACAAUUCAGCCUGUAAUUUGCAUUUUGCUUUUGAUAACAUGCCUACACCUACUUUUAUUGCUAUUCACAAAGAACUUUAUUUUAUUAACUUCAUACAUACAUCGUUGUACAUUGCUAACUGGUAUUCUUAGCUCGUAGAUAUUAUUUUAUACUUCCGAAAACAGAUAACGCAAAUUGUGAAAAUACUGCACUAAUCGUUUCAGCGUUUUGAUGUAACGAAUAUCUUCUUUCGCUUAUUAUUUUGUGUAUUCAACACUUCAAAUUAACAUAAAAAAGUGAACAUAGUUAUUAGCUAUAGCUUAUGUUAAUAAUGUCUGUGUAAAAUUGCUUUAGUUAUUUUUCGAUAAUUUGUAAAAAGAGGAGAACUCGAAAACCUCCAUAUUAGUUUUAUAAAUUGUACAUGCAGAAAACAAAAAUAAAAACACGAUCCAUGGUUGAUAAUUGUCGAAUAAUUCGAGUUGGGCAAAUGUUGUGAGCAAACAGAUUUAUUUUCAAAACCAAUUUAAAUAUUAAAAAAGGAACCUAAAAAAUUCCUUAGUUUCUUUUUUCUAAAUAUAUGCCAUUGUUUUUUUACAUUAAAAUCUCACAAAAACCAAUAAACCUUUUAGGAUCGAAAUAAAGCAAGAAUUGGCCAACUCAACUGACAAAUUUGUGAAGAUUUUCGUGCUGAAGCUAAGAAAGUUUUAGAUACAAAACAGAAAAAAGAUGUGUGCAAAAUUCAAUUACCAAUAAACAACGUUACUACAGUUUAA